AUGGCCCCGCAGAGCGACCGCUCGCCGGACGAAGGGCAGCCGUAUUUCGGAGGCGCAGAAGACCCCUCCUCGGCGGCCGGCGGGGCCUCCGCGGGCAGCCGGGGCGCCUCGCCCUCCCGCACCGCCCUGGCCCCGCGGGACGCCGCGGGCCGCAGGAAGGGGAAGGCGCGGCGGGGCCGCGGCAAGGCGAGGAACGAGGGCUUGCUCAGCAAGCAGAAGAGGAGCCGGCGCAUGAAGGCAAACGACCGCGAGAGAAACCGCAUGCACCACCUCAACUCCGCCCUGGACGCUCUCCGCAGCGUCCUGCCCACCUUCCCCGACGACGCCAAGCUCACCAAGAUCGAGACGCUCCGCUUCGCCCACAACUACAUUUGGGCUCUCACGCAGAGCCUCCGCCUGGCUGAGCAGAACCUGCCCGAGCCCCCCGCGCCGCCACCGCCCCCCGCCGCCGCCUCCCCCGGGCCCUGGGACUCGCCGUGCCCUGCGGCUCCGCCGCCCGCCGCCCUGCGCCGCGGCCCCACCGCCUUCCCCGCCUUCCUCUGA